UCUUUCUUGUUUAUUUCUCUUUCAUUAUAAAGAUUUUUGGCUUUUUUUCUCUUGAUUUGCUUUCCUAUCAGUUUUCUCCUCAUUUUGUUCUUGAGUCUUCUCAUCAAUAGUUCAGUUCUCUCCAUUAAAACCAACAAAUCCUCAUUUGCCACUGAAAAUUUGUAAGAUGUGUGUAUUGGUUUCAUCAACUGUUAUAUUUACGUUCAAAUUAAGAUGUUCCCGGUAUUUCAGUCCCUUCUAUCAGAGGUCUCAAAGUCUUACCAGACAAUAUCAAUAACCAAGCAAUUGCAUGCUUUAAUUGCGAAAACUCAACUGUCUUCUGACCCAUUUUACGUCACUAAAAUCCUCAGAUUCUACGCGCUCAAUCAUCAACUUUGCUCUGCCCGUAACUUGUUCGAUACAACUCCUCACAGAAGCGUUUUCCUUUGGAAUUCCAUUAUUCGGGCUUAUGCACAGGCGUAUAAAUUUGAUGAUGCAAUAACGCUCUUCUUACAGAUGCUUAGAACAGUAACCAAACCCGAUAAUUUCACAUACGCUUGUGUUAUACGAGCGUGCUCUGAGAAUUUUGAUCUAGAUGUGCUCAGGAUUGUUCACGGGGGAGCAAUAAUUUCUAGGUUCGGUUUGGAUUCGAUUUGUGGGAGUGCACUUGUAACAGCUUAUUCAAAGUUAGGCCUUGUUGGUGAAGCAAGCAAGAUUUUUAAUGGUAUACCAGAACCAGAUUUGGUUUUAUGGAAUUCCAUGAUAUCUGGUUAUGGGUAUUGCGGACUUUGGGAUAAAGGGUUGUUGUUCUUCAAUUGGCUGCGAGGAGUGGGAAUUAAGCCAGAUGGGUAUACUUUGAUAGGGUUAAUCAUGGGUUUGACGGAUAACAGCUUGCUGAAUGUUGGCCAUGGUGUUCAUGGGUUUUGUGUGAAAAAUAAUUUUGAUUCCAACCCUCAUAUUGGUAGUGCACUUGUUAGCAUGUAUUCAAGAUGUAAGUGCAUGGAUUCAGCAUAUAUUGUUUUUAGUAGUAUAUUUCAGCCUGACUUAGUUACAUGGUCUGCUUUGGUAACUGGAUAUCUUCAGUGCGGACAAAAUGAGAAGGUGCUGCUCUUUUUCAAGAAGCUGAAUAUGAAUGGCAAAAAAGCAGAUUCCAUCUUGAUUGCCAGUGUGUUGGCAGCGUCUGCUCAGUUUGCAAAUAUAAGGCCUGCAAAGGAGAUACAUGGUUAUGUUCUUCGACAAGGAUUAGAAUCAAAUAUAUUGGUUUCUUCUGCUUUGGUAAAUACAUAUUCGAAGUGUGGUUUUGUGGGUUUAGCAAUUCAUGUUUUUAAGAUUAUGCCAAACAGGACUACAAUUUCUUACAAUUCUAUAAUUUUGGGUCUAAGUUUGCAUGGGCUUGCCUCCCAGGCAUUUGGAAUAUUUAGUGAGAUGCUGGAGAUGGGAGUAAGACCAGAUGAAUCAACUUUCUCUGCCCUCCUUUCUGCUUGUUGUCAUGCUGGGCUUGUUCAUGAUGGUCGUGAAGUGUUCAGAAGGAUGAUAGAAGAAUUUUACAUCCAAGCUAGAUCGGAGCAUUAUGUUCACAUGGUAAAGCUGCUUGGAAUGGCUGGAGAGUUGGAACAGGCGUAUGAAUUUAUUAUAUCCUUGCCAAAACCAGUGGAUUCUGGCAUCUGGGGAGCUCUAUUAUCAUGCUGUGACUUUCAUCAGAAUACUGAGUUGGCUGAGCUUGUAGCCAAGCAGCUUUUUGAAAGUGAACCAAAAAAAGGUGCUUACAGAGUUAUGCUUUCUAAUAUAUAUGCUGGUAGCGGGAAGUGGGAUGAAGUGAAGAAGUUGAGGGAUGGUAUAUCUGAAAAUGGAGUUACAAAAUUGCCAGGGCUUAGCUUGAUUGAAUGUGAUGGCGGUUAAUAUAUGAAAUGAUCAAUCAAUCAUAGACCUGAUUGUUCUCUGUGAAGGUAACUUUAUCAAAUGUUACUGUCCUGAAUUUUUUUCCUUGUAUGUCAAUUUUAUAUGGACCACGUAAACUAUAAACAGAAAACAGAAAACUGAAAACUAAGACAUUGCUUUGUUCUCCAAAAACAUCAAAUUAAUGCAUAAUUAAGUGACACUAGGUUUGAUGAGA